UUGUAGAAAAGAGAAUAAGGGUACCAGUCUAAUGAUAAAUGUUGAGCUGUUCCGAAUGUUACAUAGAAUCACGUGACAAAGAAUUUCGUAACAAAUCCAGACAACCUAGAGGAAAAUCCCCUUUUUGACAUAUUUUUAAACUUAUCCUAGACAGCCGAUAUAUAAUGAAAGGUGCUGAUAUCGGUGAUCAGUACCACUGAUAUGCAAACCUUACCUAAAGUGGAUGUUUACUUAACUAGCACUAACAGGUGAAUUGUGUUUCGUUAUCAGUCUCGUUCGUACCCGGAAGUGAUUGUUUGUAGCAAGAGAAAGAUACGUUUUAACUUUUACGUAUCCAUACAGGAUAAUAUUUGAAGCUAAGAUAGUCUGAGAUACAAAACAAUCAUCCUACAAGAACAGGAUGACUAAAUUAAAGAAAGCGGCACACAAGCUGCAUUUUGAUGUGAACCUGGAGACACAGUCAUCAUAUCACAUUCAGUUUCUGAGAACAAUUGAAGCUAAUCCAAAUCUUAAAAGUACUGCGUUUCUUCGCUACGCAUUAUACAGAUAUGAGACAUUCUGGCUACCUCUGGCAGCAGAGCACCCAAAAGAGAAACUCUCAGCUCCCUUAGACAUUGAAUGGAUCUGGCACUGUCAUAUGCUGUCCCCCAAGGCGUAUGCACAUGACUGUCAAAAUAUGUCUGGAAUGGUCAUUGACCAUACUCUGAAAAGUUCUUCUGACUUCAAAAAAGAUCAAACAAAAGCUCAUACCUACUGGUCUGCAAAAUAUUCACCAGAGCCUUUCUUGCCAGACCCAGAUGCUGUAAAUAAGCCUGAGGUACAAAACUUUGCCUCAAAGUUAUCUUAUGAUGUUGUCAGUGCCGCCUCGAGACAAGCGGUCUUCUACUACCAAGUGUCAUUGCCUCACUAUCAGGACAAACUGUUUUUAAAGAACAGUUUAGAGAGGUACAAACAAUUUCUUUUCCUAAAAACAAAACUGCCCAAAGAAUUUAUUGUUCCUUGCUACGACAUAGACCUGAUAUGGCACUCUCACCAGCUGAAUCCACGUGUGUAUGCUGCUGAUACAAACAGAAUCAUUGGACAUCUUUUUAACCAUGAUGACACUGUAAAUGACAGAAGUGAAGGAUCAAAAUUGGCAAAUUCAGACUUGAAGACAAGAGAACAAUGGAAGCUACAUUACAAUGAGAAUUUUGCUAUGUUUGGGGCAAUGUAUCGUGGGCUACCACCAGGUGGCAUCCUGUACAAAUUGACAGGUGAAGACAUCCUCACAUUCUGCACUAAGACAACUCGUCUGAAACUUGACAAAGUCACAUUGCAGUAUGAGAAGCUCGGGCAAGCGAAAUUCAAAUACUUGCAAGUAGAAAUUUCAUCUGCAGCAAAUGAUAAAAUAUUGAAGACAAAUUUCAAAUUGAAAUUACCCUAUGAUGCAGGCAUGCAGCCUUUCUCUUGGAAUGACAUAGACAUUGAUUUUAAGACAAUCGAAUCCAAUGUCCUGAAAUUUGUUGUUAAGAAAAAGACUGGAUGGAGUAUAUUUGGUUCAAAAGAAGUUGUAGGGUCUGGAAAUAUCAAUAUUCUCAUGAAGAUUGAUGGUUAUCCUUCAUCAAGCCGUGGUGGGGACUUAAAGGAACAAUUGAGCAUUGGUCCAACUGUAUUGAGUGUCACAGGGAACUACAGUCCUCCACAUGCUGAACAAGCCCUGUUGUUUCUAGAUGCUGGGAAGUAUGAGAAUGCGAUUAUCCCGGAGAACAUCAAGUCUCUCUGGGGGCCGGUUGCGUUAGAGAAGCUGCCUGCAGGAGUUAGCAAUCAGUGCCAAGUGGCAUCUCAUAGUUUGAAGAACCACAUUGGUGUGAAGCAUUUCACAGUGCGAACAAUUCACAGUGCCCCAUUGAUGAUGUCAGUGGUCCAGGUGUUCUACCAUGACAAGAUGGCUGCCAUCGCUCACCUGGUUGCGUCUGACCAACUACCCCUACCAACUGAGGUGCAUGACAGGAAUGGGUUGACAUUAAACCCGAAACUUGGAGAGCGAGCAGUGCUCAUUAAAAACCACACUGGGGACUGGGGCAUACUGGUGGGCAGAUGGGCCGGGCUCAAGAAAGGCGUGGCAGGCACCAGACAAAAACAUGGUGUAAAGGGAUCCCCUGGUACUUUGAUGCUGAAGUUCUACAAAGUGAGUACUGGCAAGAUUGUUUCCAUAACUCUUGGCUACCUGCAGAACCGCUAUGCCUUUAAGUUUGAGUCGUCAGAAGUUGAUUUGAUGAAAGGGAUUCUGAAGAUUGAUACUGAAUUAGGUGAAGUAGCAGAAAACCUCGCACUUGCCUUCUCUGUGUCUCUUUUGCAUGUGCUUUGUGUCCCAAGACCGACUGGCUGGAAAGAGGGUGCCCAGGUGAAGCCAAAGUCAACAACUCGAGGUAAAAAGGCCGUCCAGUCUAUACCCUCUGAUGACAUGACCUUCAUUGUGGCUGCAGGCCUGCUGUAUACCACGCCCUCCAACUAUUACAUCCAACAGCACUAUGGAAGCCACAUGUGUGCCAUGUGUGGUGGUGGGGUUGUGGAUUACAGCGAUGGGUGGGAUGGGCUACCUGAUGGCGGUGAGGGUGGAGCGUGUGGAGGGGACGGGGCAGAUGGGGCAGCCUGUGGAGGGGGUGGUGAUGGUGAUGGGGGUGGUUGUGGGGGUUGCGGAGGUUGUGGUGGAGGUGGAGGUUGUGGCGGAGGUGGAGGUUGUGGAGGGGGAGGGGGUUGUGGCGGGGGUGGAUGUGGGGGUGGUUGCGGCGGUGGAUGUGGGGGCUAAGUUAGGGAAGGUAAAAACUUGUACUCAAACAAUGGUUUUCUUAGCGUCAUUAUUGUAGAUUAAAUACUUGUAUUUGUAUGUAACAGGUACAUUGUGCCUAUUAAGAAGGAAGGACAACACCAUUUAAUUUGUUUCUUCCCAUUGCAUCUGAGUAUGAUGUGAUAUAUAUGCUACAUGUAUUACAGUUGUUUUUAUUCAUAUUUUAAGCAUGAAUCUGUUAAAAGUAGAGAAAUAUAUUUUACAUGUGUUCAGGAAAUAAGUGCUGUAUCAGUCCUUAUGUAGUUUGGAAUGGCAGUUAACGAGUUGGUAGAAUAUAUAUCAUACCUUGAAUCAUAUAGUUCUCAUUGCAAAGAUAUGUUUACUUGAUUUGCUUAGAUGUGCAGUACAUGAAAUACCUGUGUUAAUUCUGGGAAUUAUCAAAAUAUGUUAAAUUGUUUUGCUUCUGUGCACAGGCAUGUAGGAAGGUAUUAAACAUUGGGGCUGCAGAUGGGUUGGAUUGGGAAGGGGUGACCCACUGAGAAAAAAAAUGAAAAUUUCUACUAGGAAAGACCAAAAUAUAAACACUUGAUAAAAAUGUUAAGAAAUAUUUGCAUAAUUUUGGUAAUACAUAAAUCAGGUUAAGGUAACAAAAGCCUAAAAUUAUAGGAAAAUAUAUGUCUUCUUUCAAAAUGAUGUGAAGAGAAAUUCAUUUACAUCUAUGCAAUCUUGACUAAAGCAAGUUUGGAUCUUUAACUUUAAAAAGAAACAUGCAAAAAGAAAUGUGUGUCGACUACAAUAAUCACCCCAAUUCUGGCAAAAUCUAGAUACCAGGAAACCUGUGAUUGGCCCUGUCUGGCAAUAGUAUUACGCUUUGCCUUUUGUAUCACUCAAAGGUGUGGAAUGCAUAGCAACUUUUCAAAUACAAAGCAACAUUGAUAGAUUCAUGGGGCCUAGCUACAAGCCUGUUGCAUGUACAUGUUGUUUUCAGGGCCUGGAGUGGACUGAAUGCAUUAUUUUUCUAACAUCACUAUACAAUGUAAUUAUCUGUUACUUCUCAGUACAAUAUGAUUUAUAAGAUGUAAUCUGUUUUGGUGCACAAUCUUAUAUUUUCAUCCUCAUGUGUUUUAUUCUAAUACAAUAAUGCAGGUAAUUGCAGGGUGUUCAACAAAAUGUUACUUUAACGGUAGUGCCAGUUCUCAUUCUGCUCAAAGUAAUAUGGAUAAUAUGGGUAUUUUAUCGACGAUAGCUUUCAACAUGGGUAAUCAUAGAUGUGCGAGGGUGCAUGCAAUACAGCACACAAAAUGGAGUACCGGUAAUGCAACUUUCUAUUUGUAGAAUUAUUUUUUAGAGUUUUUUGGCUUAAAAGUGUUAGUAAGCUUUUUUGAUUAUAUUGCAAGUUAUAUUUCAUCAGCCAGUUCAGCCAUCUUUCAUAAUAGUAUCACGGUCAUUUAUGAUGGUUGCACUUGAUAUUUUCACAAAACCUUAUACCGGGAAUACUUGCAGAUCAUUUCUUGUAUAUGUGUGUACCUACAUUUUCAUGACAAAGCCUGUUAAAAAUGGCUGAUAAGUGAAUCGUUGUUUAAAGUGUUUUUCUGUUGUGAUUUAAAAUAUAUUUACUAUGUGUUGUGGUUAUUGAAAUUAAAGUGGACCAUAUUGGUCUGUACACAUUAUUAUAUUCAAUAUGCAAAUAUGAACAUUUCAAAGCCUUAGAAUGGAAAGGUAUUAUUCAACUCAUGAUGUUGUGUUCAAAGUUAAUACAAAAAACCAGAAAGAAAACCUGAAAAUUCAAUUUGGUUGAAAUUGUUUCUCAUUUUCAACUACUACCUCUAUUUUCAAUAUAAAAAGUUUGAAAUAGAACUAUGGUUUUUAGGGCUUAUUACAUUUUCUUUAUCUUUAAAUGUUAUAGUUAUGACAGCUUAUUAAAUUGUUCAAAUGUUUGAAUUUGGUCAGUUAACAGAUAUGUUUUUACAUUACUUAUAAUGAUGAUAUCAUGGCAUAAUUUUGCUUGGUCUUGUGUUCAGUUGUAUUAAAAAAAAUAUAUAUAUAUGAAUAACAUGUAUUUCUAUUCUUAAAAACAGCCUGGGGCUUUUUUUUAAGAUUACAUGUAUUUCGACAAAAUCUAGUGAGGAAAAAUUCCAGAGUACAAUUAUAGGGUACAAGCUAUUUCUGAUAUCCCAGGGUCUGUAUGUUAAUUGAUAGGUUGAUUUAUAUAUAGAUAUAUUAAUUAUAAAGGGUAAUUGUUUGUUUCAGAUAAAGAUGUGCAAAUUUUUCACUGAGUGAGCACUAAAAGUAAUAUUUCUUGAAUGGCUUUGCCACGAGUGAAUAAUUUACUUUUGGUGUUCAUGAGGUGAUAUAUAUUGCAAUCGUACAAUCUCCACCGUUAUAUUUCAAUAAAUUGACAGAAAGUAUGAAGUUGAGAAUUAUAAAACUGCAUGUUGACAACUUUCUUUAUAAUUAUACUACUGUUUGCAAGUGAACAUUUGGUUUUGUAGCAUUCAGUGAUCAAUUGUGGCCUUUGCAUCUCCUAAAACCAACAAGUGAGCAACAUCUUUGUCCUGUCAAUUGUGUUUAAGCAUUAAAGAAAUACUUACUGCCAACUUCAGCGAUUUGACAUAUUCUUAUCACAUUGAACUUACUUAGUGAAGCGUUGGCUCUAAAUUUCUCAUUUGGCUCUGAUUAUCAUAGGAUGGGAUGAUUGUCUUAGCUGGGGUUCUAAUAUUCUAAGCCUCACUUGGGAGUUGAUUUAUUGAACCUGAAGGCUCAGGUCAGCUCCCAUUUAACUGGACUGACCCCUCUUUCUUCUCUCGGUUGUGAAGCAUGUAGAUGUCAUACAGACUGCCUGCAGCCACCAUUGAGCUGGUACAUAUUGACUGUCUUUUUGGUGCAUAAUUGAAUUUGUCAGAUUGAUAAGCACAUUUGCAAACAAUAGUACUAAGUUAUAUAGAUGAAAACGGUUUGAGUUUGUGCAUUUAGGUUAUAAAUCUAAUAUUUUUUGUGGCUCGCUGAAUUCCUGUUCAUGAGUUAUUGUGUUUUGUUAUAGUUUUAUAAAUGAAUGUUGUUUAUUUUUACGAUGUUUAUAUCAUUUAUAUUUUAUUUCUGGUUGUUAUUGAUGAGGGAAUAUAUAUUUGUAUAUAUUUUCUAUAGAAAAUUAGGAUCUGUCUUAAGAUUGAGGUAAUACUUUUUGCCAUUGAAAGUUAACAGCCAUUACCAGAUUAUUCUAAGAUGUUUGUUUUAUAACUACUAGCAGUUAGAUAAUGAAGUGAAAGUUUUUGGAAAUUGAAUAAUUUAUAUGAAGCCUACCGGGUUCUUAAAUGUGUAAAAUAUGUCUGGCUAGUUUUAUAAUAAUUAUGUUGUUGUUGUUGUUGUUUUUCUAUAAAAAUAGCCAGUCAUAUCUCUUUCAAUUCCAUGCAGAACAAUAUGCUCCCUGUACCAUUAAACAAGAUAUGUGGCCUGUCCUUGUGGCUUGUAGUUUCCAAUGCAUUACUGAAUGAAUCUCAUUGACUUUACCUUGAACAUUUAACCACAAAUAAUAGUAUCUAUAAUUUACCACAAAAGCUCGGUUCAACAAAGGGCUGUUUGAUUUGUUAUUUAAAAUGUUAACUGCUUUGGGUAUGGUAUGUUGAUAAACAUAUUUUUAUUGAAUUGCUUUUUAGCUCGACUAUUCGAAGAAUAAGGAGAGCUAUACUACUCACUCUGGCGGUGGCGGUGGCGGUGGCGGCGGCGGCGUUGGUGUCACACCUUGGUUAAGGUUUUGCAUGUAAGCACCUUUAAGUCAUUAUCUAAGUAAAUACAUCAGUUAUUGCAUUGAAACUUUGGAUAUGUAUUCCCAACUAUCUAACAUACUAAAUUAAUGAAGUUAGAUAACAAUUAUUUGAAUAUAAUGCAAAUAAUAGGCCUUUAUUAUUCGACUUAGAAAUUCUGGUUAAGGUUUUGCGUGUAAGCACACAUAGGUUAAUAUCUCAGCAACUACUUGAGGUAUUGCAUUGAUACUUGAUACAAUGGUACUCAAUCAUCCAACCUACUAAAUUAAACAAGUUAGAUAACUCUAGUUUGCAUUUAAUGCAAAUAAUUGCCCUUUAUUAUUUGACUUAGAAAUUCUGGUUAAGGCUUUGCGUGUAAGCACACAUAGGUUAAUAUCUCAGCAACUACUUGAGGUAUUGCAUUGAGACUUUAUACAAUGUUAGUCAACCAUCCAACCUACUUAAUUAACCAAGUUAGAUAAUUCUAGUUUGCAUUUAAUGCAAAAUAAUUGCCCUUUAUUAUUCGACUUAGAAAUUCUGGUUAAGGUUUUGCAUGUAACCACAUUUAAGUCAAUAUCUCAGCAAAUAUAUCAUGUAUUGCAUUGAAACAUUAGAUAUGUAUUCCCAACACUUUUUUGAAUAUAAUGCAAAUUAUGGGCCUUUAUUAUUUGACUUAGACAUUCUGGUUAAGGUUUUGCAUGUAAGCACACAUAGGUUAAUAUCUCAGCAAUUACUUGAUGGAUUGCAUUGAGACUUUAUACAAUUGUACUCGACCAUCCAAUCUACUUAAAUAACCAAGUAAGAUAACUCCAGUUUGCAUUAAAUUAAAAUAAUGGCCCCUUUUUUAUUCGACAUAAAAAUUCUGGUUAAGGUUUUGCAUGUAACCACUUUUUAGUCAAUACUUCAGUGAAUACAUCAUGUUUUGCAUUGAAACUUUACACACAGGCUCCCAUCUAUUAAACCUUCUUAUUUAAUCAAGUAAGAUAACUCUAUCUUUUAUAAUAUAUAAUUUUUGCCCCUUAAUUAUGCGACUUAGAAAUUCUGGUUAAGGUCUUGCAUGUUGCAUAGGAUAAUAUCUCAGCAACUAUUUGAUGUAUUGCUUUGAGACUUUAUACAAUGGUAUUCAACCACCCAACUUAAUUGAAUAACCAAGUUAGAUUUAUACUGUAUUCUGCAAAUAAUGGCCCUUUAUUAUUAGACUUAGAAAUUCUCGUUAAAAUUUCGCAUGGAACCACAUUUAUGUUAAUAUCUCAGCACACCAUGUACCGGUAUUGCAUUAAAAUCUAAUCUAACAGUGAUCCUUGCAUGUUUUGCCAAAACGUUUCAAUCCUUAUAUUGAAAAGCGACGGAAUAGUCGAGUGCGCUGUCUCUGUGACAGCUCUUGUUUUCUAUACUCUGGCAUUCUUUUAUUGCUUUUGUUAUUGAAAUAAUUGUAUAAACCAUUUAUUGUGCUAGAUUUGUUAGACUCCUGUGAUAGUGGAUUGUUAUUUAGAGAUUUAUCUGUCUGUUAAGCAUAGUGUUUAGAAAAUGACGCAAUUUUCGCUUUUGCAACUUUCUUUUUGGAAAGUAUUGAAAAUGUGAUUUCUGUUAUAUUUUCGCAUUUUAAAUACUUCGCAAUAUACAGCUUUUAUCUGUGUUGUGUUUUAUUUCUGUACCUUAUACAAUAAAUGUGUUGUACUCGAUGUUAUUUUGUGAUUCUUAAUGGCAGAAAAUUAUGAGACUUUUUAUUCUC